UUUUCUGCGGUUUUUGCGGCUCAAAUUUAAAGUCUCUUCCUUUUCUCUUCUUCAAACUUCAAACUACAACUCUCUAAAACUUCUCUAUUUUUUAUUUUUACAAAAAUUUACAUCAUUUAGCUCAACAAAGAUCGUUUAUUACCCACUAGAUAUUUCGAGAAUUUUUUCAAAAAUGGAAAUUAAUUAUUAAAAAAAAGAAGAUGAAGAAGAUGAUGGGUCAAUGUACAGUGAAAGAAAGAAAAGUGAAAAAUUAGCUGGGUUUGUAGAAUGGAGAAUCAAGUGUUUAUGAUUAGGUUUUGUGGGUAUUUUGUAGAAGAUAAAGGGGGUGGUUAAAUUUAUUUAAUUUUAUUUUUAAUUGAUUUUUGCAUUUAAAUUUAGUGGGGGUAAAUUGGAGGAAGACAUGGAUGUCGUAGUAAUGGAGGUCGAGGAAGAAGAAGAGGAGAGAGAAAAUGGGUCUGAAGAUUUGAAAUGGGAGAAUAUAAUGCCGAGAAUGGUGCUCAGAGUUCUUCUUGUUGAAGCUGAUGAUUCUACUCGUCAUAUUAUUGGUGCCCUCCUUCGCAAAUACAAUUACAAAGUUGCUGCUAUUUCAGAUGGAUUGAAGGCUUGGGAAAUCCUCAAGCGCCGGCACAAUAGCAUAGACCUCAUAUUAACCGAACUGGAUUUGCCAUCAAUAUCUGGAUAUGCUCUUCUCACAUUAAUCAUGGAACACGAUGACUGCAAAAAUAUUCCUGUUAUAAUUAUGUCAUCACAGGAUUCAAUAAGUAUGGUGUUAAAAUGCUUAUUAAAGGGUGCAGCAGAUUUUCUUGUAAAGCCUGUCAGGAAAAAUGAACUGAAAAACCUGUGGCGCCAUGUCUGGAAGAGGCUUGCUAACAAUGGUGGGAAUAAUCCUCAAAAUUUAACAAUCGGACAACAUAAAGCUGAGGCCCCAUUUGAGAACAAUCAAGCAAUCAAUCACUCUGGUGAUAAUGUCUCUUCCAGCUGGAGAAGUAGCGACUUCAGUGAAAAAGCUACUGAUGCCCAAUGUCUCUUACAGAUGAAACAUGGAGAAGAAACUGAAGUCAGCGGCAGAGAAGAUAAACAUCAGGCCAAGGAUGUCAAAUUGGAGGAGGGAUUGUCCUUACCUACCAAUGUCAUAGAUGACAAUACAGAUAAAUUAGGAUCUAAUGUUCAACUAUCAAAAGAAGUUAAUGUUUCAACUUCUCCAAGAGUUGAAGAUGGAUCCUGUGCUGGUAUAGCAACUGAUGAUGGAGGCAAAGGCCCAGGAAAUCACACAUAUAGAGCUAAAAUCGCUGGCCAUGAUCUUCCUCAACCUUCAAUUGAAGCUGUUGACUUGAUUGGGAGAAUAAAGGAACAAGAAGGCGCAGCAAGGGAAAAGAGUGUCAAUGGAGAGUUUAACGAACACAAUUCUACUCCUGCACUAGAACUUUCUUUAAAAAGACCUCUCAAUUCAGAAACCAAAGAGGUACAUGAGAGGCAAAUACUGAAUCAUUCUAAAGCCUCGGCCUUCUCAUGGUAUAGCAGUAUCAAGAAGCCUCAGACCUCUGUCCCGUCAUCAGGUGAUGAACUGCCAAAAAUCAAAGGUACUACUGAUUCUCUACUGUGGCCCAAGCCUUGCAGCAGCGAUUUGGAAAACAAACCCAACAUUCUUGCUCCUCAAUCUGCAAUUUGUGACCCAGUUUCCCCUCACCAUCAAAUUGGGCCUGUUCCCCUACCAGGACUUGCAUUUGAUAGUGGUGUUUGGGCUAGCUAUGGUGCUGUAUUCCAGCCAAUAUUUAAUCCAUACACACGUCCAACAGCAAGAAGUCCGAACUCGGCAUUGCAAAGAGAGGAGUCACCUCUUAUGACUAGUCCUUCAAAACUCUCUGACCCAGGGACUCAUAGCUCUAUUCAAGGGUGUGGCCAAGCUGGGGACGAGCUUAAAGCUAAGGAAUCAGCUGAUCAAUCUGGGUACAACAGCUCACAAGUCGUGGAUCCAAGUGGCAGUAUCACUCAGUGUAAUGAUUUUGGUAAUCAACAAAAUCUCAGUGCACAUGGAAGUGCAUCUGAGAUUACUGAUGUUAAUGCCACUGCCCCUGGCAUGAAGGAAUCGAGCCUUGUUGAGGAGACUGAAGGAUGUAAGCCCUUAGUACAUGAUCAGUUCAAGUUAAAAAUGGGUCUUCAUUCUGCAGAAAGAGAAGCAGCUCUAGCUAAGUUCCUACAAAAACGGAAAAACCGAUGCUUUGAGAAAAAGGUGCGGUAUCAAAGCAGGAAAAAACUAGCAGAGCAGCGGCCUAGGGUGAAAGGACAGUUUGUUCGCCAAGUCCCAAGUGAUCAAGUGGUAGCUACUGAUAAACUAUAGUUUUUUUUUUCAUUUUUUUUUUAACAAACUCUUGUUUCUCUUCUCUUCUCUUUUUUCAUCCAUUUAUAUCGAGUGGAAGGAAAACAAAGAUCAAAUGAAAGAAACCAGUUCUCUAGAAAUUGUUGUUGAUGCGGAUACCUGUAGCUUGUAGCAAUUUAGGAACAUGGAAAAAGUUAGGUUGUGGUAGCUUAAAAUGGUCUAAUAUGUAGCAUUUGUUUAUCUUCACGAGCUUCUGUUUCUAUAUAUUAUAUACAUACCUGUAUUACAUGCAUUCUUUAUCUGAUCAACUAUAAGAACGAAAAUUGUCUUGUAAAUCUGUAAUAUGUACAUGGCCUUCACCCUUUA